AUGGCAUCUUCCGGUGUCUUGUUUCCAGGUUUUGUUUGGUUUCUGUGCCUCUUUGGCUUUUUUUGCUGCCUGCCAUUAGCCAUCUGCGAUGAAACCGAAAAUGAUAGACAAUCCCUUCUUUGCUUCAAGUCCUGGCUCUCGGGUCCAGCGGGAGUUUUAGCUUCAUGGAGCAACACGUCCCUCGACGUUUGCGAGUGGCAUGGGAUCACCUGCAGCACGGUGUCCCCUCGGCGUGUGAUUGCGCUGGACCUUGACUCAGAAGGCAUCUCAGGCUCCAUAUCACCUUGCAUUGCCAACCUGACCUCUCUUACAAGGCUGCAACUGUCAAAUAAUAGCUUCAGUGGCGGCAUACCAUCAGAGCUUGGCCUCCUGAGCCGGCUCCGCGACCUCAACCUCAGCAUGAACACUUUGGAAGGUAACAUCCCGCCUGAACUCUCUGCAUGUUCGCAACUCCAAAUCCUUGGUUUGUGGAACAAUUCCCUCCACGGAGACAUCCCACCUAGCCUUAGCCAAUGCAAACAUCUUCAAGAGAUUAACCUUCGCAACAAUAACCUCCAAGGAAGCAUCCCUUCUGCUUUUGGGAAUCUCCCUGAGCUGCGCAUACUAGUUCUCGCUAGCACUGGGCUUACCGGCAACAUACCUCCAUCUUUAGGCAGCAGCCCUCAUCUCACAUAUGUCGAUCUUGGGAACAAUGCUCUCUUAGGGGUCAUCCCAGAGUUCCUAGCAAACAGUUCAUCUCUUCAAGUACUUCGACUCAUGAAAAAUAAUUUUACUGGAAAACUCCCAAGUGCUCUCUUCACCACUUCUUCACUUAUUGCUAUUUGCCUCCAACAGAACAGUUUUGUUGGUUCAAUACCUUCUGUUACUGCCACAUCUCCCCCAAUUAAAUAUCUCUACUUAAGGAAGAACCAUCUUUCAGGAAUAAUACCUUCCUCACUAGGCAACCUGUCCUCCCUGGUUCAUCUUCGCCUUGCAGAAAAUCAGUUAGUUGGGAGCAUCCCAGAGAGCUUAGGUUAUAUUCCUACACUAGAGACAUUGACCUUGGACAUAAACAACUUAUCUGGGCCAGUCCCAUUGUCUUUACUCAACAUGUCAUCCCUCACAGUUCUUGCCAUCGCAAAAAACUCUCUUGUCGGAAAAUUACCCUUCGACAUCGGCCACACGCUUCCAAAUAUUCAGAGAUUAAUACUAUCAGAGAACAGUUUUGAUGGGCCAAUCCCAGCCUCUCUUCUCAAAGCUUACAGCCUACGCAUGCUUCACCUGGAUAAUAAUAGGUUUACUGGAUUCAUACCAUUCUUCGGUUCACUGCAAAAUUUAGAGAAACUUGAUCUGGGGCACAACAAGCUAGAAGCAGGUGAUUGGGGCUUUGUUUCUUCACUAUCAAAUUGCUCCAGGUUGAGUAUGCUGGGGCUGGAUGGAAACAACCUCCAAGGGAAAUUACCAAGUUCUAUUGGCAAUCUUUCCAAUAGUCUUGAGUCAUUGUGGCUAAGUAGCAACCAAAUUUAUGGGCCUAUACCACCUGAGAUUGGCAACCUUAAGAGCCUCAAUAAUUUGUACACGGGUAAUAAUCUUCUCACUGGAAAUAUACCACCAACACUUGGGAAACUGCAUAGAUUGGUCUAUCUAUCCUUAGCAGAAAACCGGCUUUCCGGGCAGAUUCCAGAUACUAUUGGCAAUCUUGUCCAGCUGAGUAUGCUGAAAUUGGAUUGGAACAACUUUAGUGGAAGGAUACCAGCAAGUAUAGCACAUUGCACUCAACUGAGUAUACUCAACCUUGCUCACAACUCACUAGUUGGGAGUAUACCAAGCAAAAUCUUCAAAAUCUCUACACUUACUGAAGAGUUGGACUUGUCACACAAUUACUUGUCUGGAGAAAUGCCUGACGUCGGCAAUCUGAUUCAUCUGAAGAAAAUGAACAUGUCAAAUAACAGGCUGUCUGGCGACAUACCAUCAACUCUCGGCCAGUGUGUGGAUCUGGAGUAUCUUGAGAUGCAAAGCAACUUCUUUAUAGGAAGCAUUCCACAGUCUUUUGCCAGAUUAUCCAACAUAAAAAAUAUGGAUAUUUCUCAGAACAAUUUGUCCGGAGAAAUACCAGAGCCUCUCAAAUCCUUGAAACACCUCCAAUACCUCAAUUUAUCCUUCAACCAGUUUCGUGGACCAAUUCCGAGAGGUGGUGUUUUUGACAUUGCUGGUGCAGUAUCAAUUGAAAGAAGUUAUCAUCUGUGUACAAGCUUUCCAACAGGAGGUAUGUCCCUUUGCUCUGCACUGGUUGACAAGAAAAGAAAACACAAGUCAUUGAUUCUUGUCCUAGAGAUUGUGUUGCCCAUUGUUGGUGUCACUAUGAUUAUUAUGUCAUGUAUUGUGAUAAUUUAUCGGAAGAAGAGAAUGCAAGCCAAUCUCCAUUUGCAACAUGUCAAUGAGCACACAAAAAAGAUAUCAUAUGAAGACAUUGUAAAGGCAACAGAUAGAUUCUCUUCUGCAAACUUAAUUGGUUCUGGAUCAUUUGGAAGGGUUUAUAAGGGCAGUCUCCAGUUUCAAGAAGAUCAAGUUGCCAUCAAGAUUUUUGACCUUGACAUUUAUGGAGCACAUAGGAGCUUCAUAGCAGAGUGUGAAGCCCUUCGUAAUGUGCGCCAUCGAAAUCUUGUAAAAAUCAUUACUUCAUGCUCUUCAGUGGAUCAUAGUGGGGCAGAUUUCAAGGCCCUAGUGUUCCCAUACAUGCCAAAUGGUAACCUAGAAAUGUGGCUACACCCGGCGGAUCAUGAACAUGGUGAAAGAAAUACUCUGUCAUUAAGCCAAAGGAUUAAUGUAGCCUUGGAUGUAGCGUUUGCUUUGGAUUAUCUUCACAACCAGUGUGCAUCUCCAAUUAUACAUUGCGACUUGAAGCCAAGCAAUAUUCUUUUGGGUCUUGAUAUGGCUGCAUACGUCAUCGACUUUGGCCUAGCAAGAUUUUUGUUCAGCGCGCCAAAUGCACAUCAAGACAGUUCAAUAAGUGCCUGCCACCUAAAAGGAUCCAUAGGAUACAUUCCACCAGAGUAUGGCAUCAGUGGACAGAUAUCAACCAAGGGCGAUGUCUACAGUUUUGGGGUGCUUCUGUUACAACUGAUAACAGGGUGCAGUCCAACUGAUGACAAAUUCAGUGAUGGUAUAAGCCUUCAUGACUUUGUUGGUAGAGCAUUUACAAAGAAUAUUCAUGAGGUUGUUGAUCCCACAAUGCUACAAGACGACAGGAAUGCAGCUGACCUGAUGAAGAAUUGUGUUAUCCCACUGAUUGCAAUCGGCCUCUCUUGCUCCACGACAUCACCAAAAGACCGGCCAGAUAUGGGACAAGUUUCUACUGAUAUCCUUAGAAUCAAGCACGCGGCCUCACACAUGCGUGCCAGAUGAAGCAAAGAUUUGGAAGGAUGGCAGCUAGUGAAAGAGGUGCAUCCAAAGAAGUAAAGUGCUGUACUCCCUCCGGUCCUUUUUAGUUCGCAUAUAAGAUUUGUCUAAAGUCAAGCCUCGUAAUGUUUGACCAACUUUAUAGAAAAAAAAUACCAACAUUCACAAUAUGAUAUCAAUAUCAGUAGAUGUGUCAUGACUUAAAUUUUCAUAUUGUAUAACUUUAACAUGGUAGAUGUUGAUAUUUUUUCAUAUAAAUAUGGUCAAACUUUAUGAAGUUUGACUUCAGACAAUUCUUAUAUGCAGAGUAAAAAGGACCGGAGGGAGUAACUACCUUACUGGUGCCCAGGCAAAAAAAAAAGCUUAUUGGUGGUUUCCUUUUGGAAUUCAGUUACUGGCAUUUCCAAACGUAUCACUGAUAUUCUCUUGCUGCAGUAGCAUUUCGUGUAAUUUUUCUCUAGGUUUGUUGAGUAGUGGCAUCUCUGUAAGCACCAUCCGAGGGAUAAAGCUCGAUAGAUUUGCAUGCUUAAUGUCCGGUCAGAUUGAGUUAAAUGUUUUUACAAUAUAGUGAUUUUUGAUCCGAAUGGGAAUCAAAGCUCGAAUAUGCACAUGAAUUCGACACGAAAAAGAAAAUCCGCUACAAAGUAGUAACUCGAACCGAGUCGAUACAGAUUGGAUUUGCCCAAUCCCCGCAGAAGAUCAACCACAUAGACAUAGCAC